AUGACUCUUCCACAAUUUUCAUACCUCGAGACCAACAAGGAACGCAACCUCGAAGGCAAGGUUGCCAUUGUGACAGGAGCCUCGAGAGGGCUUGGUGCUGGCUUUGCUCUAGAUCUUGCACAGCGAGGCGCGAAGGUCGUGUUGACUUAUACAUCCUCCAACAGUGAUGGACACGUUGCCAAUCUCCGUCAACAAAUUGAGGAUCUAAGGGGCAAUUCCAUCGCUGUCAAGGCGGACCUGCGUAAGCCUCAAACACCAGAGCACAUUGUGCGCCAAACUCUGAGCGUGUUCGGGGCCGAAAUCAACAUCCUCGUCAACAACGCCGGGGCCGAAGUCGUGAAGCCGCUUGAGGAUAUUACUCCCCAGGACUUUGAUUCCAUCUUCCAUCUAAAUGUUUUGGCCCCGCUGCUCCUCCUGCAGGCUGCCCGUCCUAAUCUCAGAAACGCACGCGUCGUCAACAUUGGCUCCGUGGGCGCACGCGCUGGCUUCCCCGAGUUAUCGCUCUACUGCUCCUCAAAGGCCGCCCUGGAGGGCAUCACGAGGUGCUGGGCAGCGGAGCUGGGCGAGCAGGGCCACACGGUCAACGCGGUGAAUCCAGGGCCCGUGCAGAACAAGAUGCUCGACAACAUCCCAAAGAACAUUGUGGAUAUGCAGAAGAAGCAGACGCCUGUCGGGCGAAGGCUGGGGACGGUGGACGACGUGGCGCAAAUCGUGAGCUGGCUGGCAUCGGAGGAGAGUCGAUGGGUCACAGGACAGACCAUCUCGGCCAGUGGUGGUUGGGCCAUGUAUUGAGGAUAUGCAUAGUAGAGUGCAGCUGCGCCAUGGCUGCGUAGAGGCAGACAAGGCUGGCUUUAGAAGAGUACUGCUUCGAAGAGGCCAGCUGCAGCUACCGAGAGCUUUCCGUCUGUGACAGUGAAGAUUGAUGUAGGAACCGCUACUGUGCGGGACGAUCCGGGGCACCACGAUGAAGUAGGCAACCAUCAAGCGGAGCAAAAGCGUGUCGCCAGAGCGUCCAUGUCUCCUUGGUAUUCGUGGAUUAACAACAACGCCUAGCGAAUUGAGGUUGUGUGAACUUGUCGUCUGAAGCAUUCGCGUUUUGUUUUUUUCCAGUCUGCACGCAAAUGCGUGGUGCAGGUGGCCUAUGCAGCGCUAACCCAUCGGCCAGCGCAAAUGCCGAAAUUAGAAACAAUUGGACCUCGAAACACAUUUCUGCAGAUCUUCCAGUCUACCUAGUCAGCAUGCUGCGCACGCCGCACACUGG